GGCACGAUUACAAAAUUGAGAGGGAUAGAACCUUGUCAUUAACUUCCUAUACCCAUCACAAACUGUUUUGGAGGCUGUAUGAGCGACCUUGUUUAUUAGAGUUGUUGGAUUCUUCAAUAUCCACAAUCGUUCUCUUAUUUCUAGCCCUCUAUUAAAGGAGCCUUUGUAGUCGUCCAUUUCUAUUAUACCACUUCCCUUUAUAUUUAUUUUCUUGCACUUAUAUCAGGUUGUGUGAGAUAAUCAUGUGUAUAGCUGUUUGGCUUUGGCAAGCUCACCCUCACUACCCAUUUCUCUUGUUGCUCAAUCGAGAUGAAUUCCACGACAGGCCCACUAAGCCAACAUCAUGGUGGGGAGAUUCAUGUAAGAUAUUGGGCGGUAGGGAUUGUCUUGCAGGAGGAACUUGGUUGGCUUGUACAAAAAAUGGGCGGUUGGCAUUUCUCACUAAUGUUCUAGAACCUGACCCAUUUGCCCAUGCAAAGAGUAGAGGAGAUUUACCUCUGCGUUUCCUGGAGAGUGGGAAGAGUCCUAGAGAAUUUGCAAAGGAGGUGAUGAAGGAAGCAGACCAAUACAAUGGGUUCAACCUCAUACUAGCUGAUCUUUGUUCAAAGACCAUGGUCUAUGUCUCCAACAGGCCUAAAGAAGAGUCUCCUUCUGUUCAGGAAGUCUUCCCUGGCCUUCAUGUCCUUUCAAAUGCCAAAUUAAAUUCUCCUUGGCACAAGGCUCAGCGUUUGGGACAAAAUUUCAAGGAAUUAAUCCGUCGUUAUCAAGGCGAAGAAAUCCCAUCGAAGGAGAUGGUUGAACAGCUAAUGAAGGACACUGUUAAAGCCGAUAAAUCGAAGCUGCCCAACACCGGCUGCGAUCCCGAAUGGGAAUUCAAACUGAGCUCUAUAUUCGUCGACGUCGAUACUCCACUGGGACGUUAUGGCACUCGAAGUACAGCAGCAUUAUUCGUUAAAGCCAGCAAUGAAGUCAGCUUCUAUGAGAAAUAUCUGGAGAAAGAGAUGUGGAAGGAGCAUACCAUGAAAUAUCAGAUUGAAAAAUCCCACUAGCUUAGCAAAACAGUAUCUUUAAAUAAGAGGGUGGGACGAUAGUUAUCGCUGUCCAUUCCACCCCAACUGAUUAUUUUGAAUAUUGGCGCGUUUGGCCGCCGUUCUGUUUAAUUGUAAAAGGUUCCAUCAUUUCAAUGUUUUAAUAUGUGGACCCCACGAUGACAAUAGGCCUUUCAUC